UUAUAAAUUAUAUAAAAAUUAUAUAUUAUAUAAUAUAAAAAAUCACAAGUUCCUACAUUAUUCGCAAGUUAUCUGAUGCUAGCUUAGGUCGCUAUAACUCUACGGAGUCUCUCCGCUUACUCUAUUUCAUUGCUGUAUCGCAAGGCGAGCUGCCGUUCUUUAUUGCCUCACAUUAGCAUAAGUCUACGGUAGCUGCUCUCCCUGCUUCAGGAUGCUCAAGUUUCGCAGCACCAACAGCAUGAAGGCCAGGAAGGCAGCUGAACAUCAGCGCAAGGCUUUAGAGGAGCAGCUAAAGAUGGAGUGGGCCUGGAAGCCGAUGGCUGCUGUCAUGAACGACAAUAAGACCGACUUGGUUUAUUGGGUGCCCCCUCUUUACGCCUCCAAUAUCCUCUCUUCUUUCACUGCCUCCUCAUCCAGUGCCUCAUCCCCUGCCUCAUCCCUCUGCUCCUCCCCAUCGCUGUCGCGCUCCAGAAAUCUCUCGCGUCGGUCCUCGCUCACCCCGGGCACGCCGAUGGGAUCACGGAAGAAAAGGCUGUCGAAGAGGCGGGUGAUGUCCCCAAAGCAGAGCAUUGAGGAGGUUGGGGAAGAGGUGGAACCUCCAACUCCAACUGCUCUAACGUCUGGGGAGGCAGGGGCUGCAUAUGGGGCCAGCACUUACCAAGGGGAAGACGAAAAGAACGAUGAAAAGUUUGAUGGAACAAUGAAAAAAGAUCUUGUAGUUGAAUUUGAGGCUGAUGAGAUUGAAGUUAUCCAUACGGUCCCAGACAUAAACAUCGACGAUGAAAUUGAGUACCACAAUAAAGAAACGCUGAAGAUGAAAGACAAGAAGGAAGAGAGACGCAAGUCAAAAUCUGAAGGUAAGCACAGGAGCAUUCCUGCCAUAUUGAAACUGCUUGAAAAAGUUUCGCACAUUCAUGACAAGCCCAAAGCUCGUCCCAUAACCAGACGUAAUGCAAAGAUCGAAAGGACCGUGAGCUCAGGAUCGCAAAAAAUCAAACGACCUUCCCUGAAGGUGUACCAAAAUAACCCGAAGCAUGGUUCAGGGCGCAGAGCUACAGCCCCUACCAUUCCCACUCAGCCCCCUGCGACGGAGGCUAAAGAAGCUCGAAUGGUCAUCACUGGGAAAAGCAAUUCCGGUCCACGACUCAGCAUCCGCAGAUCUUCGAGGCAGUCGAGCGGGCGGGCACGCUCAGCUAGCGUUACAACCACGGGCCUAAAAGUGUCUCAGGUCACUGAAGCCGAGCUCCGCAGCGCUCAUCUCGAGAUGAUGAUCAAGAUCCUGGCCACUCUAUAUGAGGAGAAGAUCUCGAGGCAGGACACUGAGAUCAAGACACUCAAAGACAAAUUCAAGUCACAAGACAAAAUUGUGAAGCAAAUUGUGCACAACAUGCUCGAAGUGAAGUCUGAAGUCACAAACAUUCGAGAACACCUUAUGAAACAAGAAGAGUCCUUCAGGCUCCACAGAUCUAAACUUAUCAUUGGCCAGCACUCCAUCCCAGAAGAGAUGGAAGAAACAGAAGAUCUUGAAAUGUACGAAGCUGACGCCCAAGAUGGCGAUCUUUCGAUAGCUGUUCCGGAAAUGAUGCCGGUAAGUUGUCAAGAGCAUGAUUCCUACAUCUGCGUCGGUAAUGAUGAAAGUAACAUGUGCACGCCGGUGAUAAGCAAUGUCAUUACCGUUCAAGGGUCAUCGAAUCUUCUCCAGUGCGUUAACGAAGAAGGGGGCGAGGUAGUUCAUGAGGUCUGCGAUGUUUCCAAAAAUGACUUCCUCAGUGAUGAAUUUUGCCGUGUGCUUGAGCCCCCCGAUGAGUUUCAGAGCAAAGAUUUCGAAGAUGUUGAAACCACGCCUGAAAAAUCACUUGAUGGAACUGAUGUGUAUUUUGAAAAAUGCUCCUUUGCCGGAGACAUGUAUCCCGGAAAGAAAGCUGUCGCUGGAGUAGAUUCAGUAACUCUGGAACAGGUUGAACUUCUUGCUUCCUAUCGCUCUAACUUGGAUGCUCAAGAUGGCCAUGAGUUUGGAGUCACUUGCAGCAAGUUGCACGAUCCUAUGACCGGAGAGCGUGUGGAGCAUGAAGAAACCUACUUCGCCACUCAGUAUGUCUGCGACUAUCAUCCACGAGAAGAAAUGAGGAUAAAGCAAUUAAGGGAAGCGUCUUUCUUUGAAGAAACCCUGUCGAAUAUCGAUGAAGAUGAUCGUUUAUCCGAAGGCCGUUGUUCGAACUUGAGCCGCCAGAGGUCUGAUGAAUCCACUAAUAUUUAAUAAUUUCAAGUAUUAAAGUAUUCUUGUGUGGUAGAAACCUCUGUUGAACGUAAAUCAAUGUAAUUGAACGGUAUCCAACUGAUUGUGUAGGUAUUGUUUGCUGUUUUGCUAAUGCUUUAAUAUCAACUCGUCAAGAACAGUACAAGACGAAAAUGCCAUCAAGAAAUAUCAAUGAUGUGAUAUUUUUUUGUUAACCCUCUACCGCCGUGUGUCACUC